CCGCCCCCGGCUCGGCUCGCGGGAGGGAGGCUCGGGCGCCGGGGCUGGCGCGCUCCGGGGCGCACACACAUCCGCGCACGCACCCCCCGAGCAGCUCUCCCCGCGCCCGCCCGGCCCUCGUCCCCCGCGUCCCCCUCGCCCAUGCGGACGGACGGAGCGGCGGAAGAUGGCUGACGACUCCACGGGGCACCGAGGAUGCAGCCCGGCGCCGGCGGCGGCGUUGGCGGCGGCGUUGGCGGCGGCCGGAGCGGCGGCGGCGGCAGGGGCAGCGGCGGCGUUGGCGGCGGCGGCCGGAGCGGCAGCAGCGGGAGCAGGAGCGGCGGCGGCGGCAUCCCCGAGCCUCCUCGAGCCUCCUUCCCCUCUGACAGCCUCUGACGUCCUCCGCCGCUAGGAGAGACCCCGCUUCCCCGGCGCCUUCCCUCCCCGCCCCCAGCCCAGCCCCGCGACACCGCUACCUCCGCCGGCGCUGCCACCAUCAGCACCACCUCCACCGCCGCCGCCGCCACCGCCACCGCCACCGCCGGCGGCGGCAGCAGCCAUUUCAUCUCCCCAGAAACCAGACACAAAAACAUGGCAGAAAUGGAGAAAGAAGGGAGACCUCCGGAAAAUAAGAGGAGCAGGAAGCCGGCUCACCCCGUGAAAAGGGAGAUCAAUGAGGAAAUGAAGAACUUUGCAGAAAACACCAUGAAUGAACUCCUUGGCUGGUAUGGCUACGAUAAGGUUGAAUUGAAAGAUGGUGAAGAUAUUGAAUUCAGGAGCUACCCCACAGACGGAGAGAGCCGGCAGCACAUUUCUGUUCUCAAAGAAAAUUCCUUGCCAAAACCAAAAUUACCCGAGGACAGUGUUAUUUCACCAUACAAUAUAAGCACAGGCUAUUCAGGGCUUGCCACAGGAAAUGGACUCAGUGACUCACCUGCAGGGUCAAAGGAUCAUGGCAACGUGCCCAUUAUUGUACCUUUAAUUCCUCCACCUUUCAUAAAGCCACCAGCAGAAGAUGAUGUGUCAAAUGUACAAAUAAUGUGUGCCUGGUGCCAGAAAGUGGGGAUCAAGCGCUAUUCCCUGAGUAUGGGAAGUGAGGUGAAAAGCUUCUGCAGCGAGAAGUGCUUUGCCGCCUGCCGACGAGCCUACUUCAAGAGAAAUAAGGCUAGAGAUGAAGAUGGACAUGCUGAAAAUUUCCCCCAGCAGCACUAUGCUAAGGAAACUCCAAGGCUUGCCUUCAAGAAUAACUGCGAACUACUUGUAUGUGACUGGUGUAAGCACAUCAGACACACAAAAGAAUAUCUGGACUUUGGGGACGGGGAAAGAAGGCUUCAGUUCUGCAGCGCCAAAUGCCUCAAUCAGUACAAAAUGGACAUCUUCUACAAAGAGACGCAGGCCAACCUCCCAGCUGGGCUGUGCGGCGCGCUGCACCCUCCCCUGGAAAACAAAGCAGAAGGCGCCGGAGUGCAGCUGCUCACGCCAGACUCUUGGAAUCUUCCCCUCGCAGAUGCUCGGAGGAAGGCCCCGUCCCCGGGGGCUGCCGCUGGCCAAGGCCAGGGCCCCGGCCCAUCCGCGUCCACCUCCACCACCGGCUCUCCGUCCGACACUGCCAACUGCUCCAUCACCAAGAUCCCCACGCCCGUGCCCAAGUCCAUGCCCAUGGGUGGCGAGCCUGCCAGCCUGCCUCCCGUCUCCGUCCAGCCACCUGCUGGCAUCGGGCCCCCCCUGGGCGUCCCGCCCCGCAGCCCUCCCAUGGUCAUGACCAACCGCGGCCCCGUGCCGCUGCCCAUCUUCAUGGAGCAGCAGAUCAUGCAGCAGAUCCGCCCGCCCUUCAUCCGGGGGCCUCCGCACCACGCCUCCAACCCCAACAGCCCCCUGUCCAACCCCAUGCUCCCGGGCCUCGGGCCCCCGCCCCCCGGCGGCCCCAGGAGCCUGGGCCCCACGUCCAGCCCCAUGCACCGGCCCAUGCUGUCGCCCCACAUCCACCCGCCGAGCACCCCGACCAUGCCCGGGAACCCCCCGGGGGGCCUGCUGCCCCCGCCGCCGCCGCCCCCGGGCGCGCCGCCCUUGCCCAGCCUCCCCUUCCCGCCCGUGAGCAUGAUGCCCAACGGCCCGCUGCCCGUGCCCCAGAUGAUGAACUUCGGGCUGCCGUCGCUGGCCCCGCUGGUGCCGCCCCCCACCCUGCUCGUGCCAUACCCCGUGAUCGUGCCGCUGCCCGUGCCCAUCCCCAUCCCCAUCCCCAUCCCUCACGUCAAUGAUUCCAAGCCCCCCAACGGGUUUUCCAGCAACGGGGAGAACUUCAUUCCGAGCGCCCCCGGCCCCGGCCCCGGCCCCAGCCCCGGCGGCGACUCCUCGGCGGCGGCGGGAGGCAAGCCCGGCGGCGGGCGCUCCCUGUCGCCCCGGGACUCCAAGCAGCAGGGCUCGUCCAAGGCCGCCGACUCGCCGCCCGGCUGCUCGGGCCGGGCCCUGAGCCUGGCGCCCGCGGAGCAGGGCGGCCGGGCCGAGGUGGUGGACCUGACGCGGCGCGCGGGGAGCCCCCCGGGCGCGGGCGGCCUCCCCGGAGGCGGCGGCGGCGGGGGCUGCGGGCUGCAGGGCCCGCAGGACGGCGUCAUCGACCUGACCCUGGGCCACCGCGCGCGGCUGCACAACGUGAUCCACCGCGCGCUGCACGCGCACGCCCAGGCGGAGCGCGAGCCGGGCGCCGCGGAGCGCGGCAGGACCUGCGGCGGCGGCGGCUGCCGGGACGGCCACUGCAGCCCCCCCGCCGCCGGCGACCCGGGCCCCGGCGCCCCCGCGGGCCCCGAGGCGGCCGCCGCCUGCAACGUCAUCGUGAACGGCGCGCGCGCCGCCGCCGCCGCUGCCGCCGCCGCCGCCGAGGGGGCCAAGGGCGCGGAGCCGCCCCCGGAGCAUCCGCCGCCGCCGCCCGCGCCCCCCAAGAAGCUGCUGUCUCCCGAGGAGCCCGCGCUCAGCGAGCUCGAGUCCGUCAAGGAGAACAACUGCGCUUCCAACCGCCACCUGGACGGCGAGGCGGCCAAGAAGCUGGCCGGAGAGGAGGCCCUGGCCGGGGGCGACAAGUCGGACCCGAACCUCAACAACCCCGCGGACGAGGACCACGCGUACGCGCUGCGGAUGCUGCCCAAGGCGGGCUGCGUGAUCCAGCCGGUGCCCAAGCCCGCGGAGAAGGCGGCCCUGGCGCCCUGCAUCAUCCCCGCGCCCCUGCUGGGCGCCGGGCCCGAGGACCUGGAGCCUCCGCUCAAAAGGAGGUGCCUCCGAAUUAGAAAUCAGAAUAAGUAAAAAGGAGCGCUGGCUCUCAGGGCACCUUGCGUGGAAGGAGGGCGCAGAGCAAGCCACGUCGCGACCUCCAGUGGCACCAGCUGCUCAGUUCACCGACCUCUCUCUGGCUAAAACUCAAGCAAAUAAAGCCGCUUCCCGUCGU